AGCGAGGAAACUUCUUGCUCGAGAAGAUGUACAACGGGUCUGGGCGCAGCCCACGAACCGCGGCCGUUCAUGUUCCAAGCCCAUCUAGAACGUCGUGAUUGAUUGAUUGCUGCAUUGUCCCAUCGCUUCAUGUUGUAGCUUUCCAGAUUGAAGUCCAAGCGGAAAUCGCGGCCGCCAAUGCAUCUCUGCCGAACUUGCAGUCGACGCUGAGUCGUGCAAUAAACGGGACAGGUACGAUGUGUAGUUGUGAGGUGGGUGCUAAGGCCACCGGGAAAUGACAGACAUAGCACCGGAGAGCUAUAUCCAGCUUUGGAGAGAGCACGACGACCGAAUUGUACACAUUUAUCAGAAGAUGGAUUUGGUCAAUUUCCCCGAUUCCUGGAUAAGAGACUUUCAUGGCAUGGUAUUCAACGAGCGAUAUGGUUUCGCAUGUGGCUACUCGUCAUCCUCUUCGUCGUCGUCGACUUCCGCCAGGUCGUCCUCCUUCGGCACAACACCCUUCUUGUUGGCCUUGGCCGCGGCGGCAGGGCCGCUGGCUUUGCUGGUGGGCUCGUCGUCCUCGUCCGCUUCUUCGUCGUCUUCCUCCGGCGCGUCCUCGUCGGCCUCUUCCUCCUCCCCCUCGUCAUCGUCGGCGGGCUUUGACGUCUUCUGCUUCUUGGCUUUGGGAGCUGUGAUAUUCAGUCGCGUCAGUUCGAGUCGUGUAGCACGGGCGUCGGGAUAUCAUCCGCUCGAGCAUUGUGGUGGUGGGAAGAUGGGUAUCGACUCACCCUCGGCCUCGGCCUCGUCUUCUUCCUCUUCCUCCUCCUCCUCAUCGUCGUCAUCUACGUCAUCCUCGUCACCAUCGCUCUGGUAUCUGAGCAAUGCUGGUCAGUACGGAUUCCAUGUGAUACACAAUGACCCGCAUGCGCCAUUGGCUCAAAGACCCGGCACGAGGCAUCGGCGCAUACGGUGUGCAACCGCCAAAUGAAGCUCCAGGUCGUGCGCCGAGAGGCGCGGCCUGUCUUCGUGGAGACGACUAUGGGAGGGACUCACUCCUCUUCCUCUUCACUGUCGUCUUCGGGGAGUUCGACGAGCUCCUCAGGAGCGUCCUGCUUGCGCUUGCGGGUAGACAUGGUACGGAUGUGAGUGAGUGAGUGUGUGUCGAAGUGGCAGAUUGAGAUACGCGUCA